AGACGGUGCACAGUGCUGUAGCAUAUGAGCGACAGGGAGGACACACCACCGGACGACCGGAUCUUGCAAUCAGCUAGACGCCCGAUAGCCCACGUGUCCUUAGGACCGGAGGGUGAUAGGAUUGUGUUCCGUCAGCUCAGGGAGAGGCAGCAGCAGCAGAGGAGAGCUAGAGCGGCCGAGGUCAGCAGGGCUUUCACUAGCGAGGCCGCUGCUACAGCAGCCAUGGCCACUUCUGCUAUGGUCACUUCUGCACAGCAGACUUCCCAGGCCAACAGUUCAGGUAUCGUCGGGUCAACGGUCGCGCAGACCGUGAGUCAAUCCACAGGCGUUAUGGCAAGCCAGGCAGUAGUGUUAACCCCAGAGGAUGUCGCCAUCCAGCAGGCAGCCCUGCAGGAGGCACAGUUACAGCAGGCAUUAGGACAGAUAAAAGCGGAGAAGGAGAAGAUGAUUAGAAGAAGAGCCAGGAUGCAGCGAAGAGGGGCAGACAUAGAGGAGUUAGAGACGAUGGACCUGACGGACAUGGAUGAUGAUGUGAAGGUAGUUAGGAGGGCCCUGCUAGGAGUAAUAGAGAUGCAGGAGCAUCAGACUACCAUCCUUCAGGAUAUCCAACAAAGCCUAGCCAUUCUGGCAGGGCGUGCUCAGGCGGCACCAUCACCAUCCGGGCCUGGUGCCUGGCCCGUGGCAUAUCCACCUUUUUCUGUCCCACAGGUGACAGGGGUAUCCCCAUAUGUAGCCCCGUCAUCAGUUGCGAGCGUUUCCCUGGGCAUGCCGCUGUCAGGAGGGGUAUCAGCAAGGACUAGUUUGCAGGUUCCUGUUCAGAUAGUGUUCACCCAAACUCCGUCGCAGGUUGCAGUCACCACGCAGCCUGCUGUCUCGCAGCCUGUGCAGCCGCAGGGCACACAGCCCCAACAGCUAGUACAGCAACCUGUGUCACCGGGUCCACAGCCCAAAGUGGUGCAGGGACCGGGACAAACACAGUGGGUUCCAAAGACGGCCAUCGCUGCUCCGAAACCCUUCACAGGGGACAAGAGAGGCGAAGACCUCGACACAUCGUUAAGGUACGGUCUGUACGGGUUUGUGGUGAUGCCUUUCGGCUUUUGCAAUGCUCCUGGCACCUUUCAGCACGCUAUGAAUCAGAUAUUCUAUGACUACUUGGAUAAGUUUGUCAUCGUGUACCUCGAUGACAUACUUAUUUUUAGUAAGACUGUCGAGGAGCAUGUUGCAAAUUUGGGCAAAGUACUCGGUCUCCUGCGACAGCACAAGUUCAAGAUCAACGGUGAGAAGUGCGAAUUUGGCCGCACCCGUGUCUUGUACUUGGGUCAUGAGAUCUCCGCGGAAGGGUUGAAGCCCAAUGACGCGAAGGUGGCCAACAUUCGUGAUUGGCCACGUCCUCAGUCUGUGACUGAGAUGAGAUCAUUCUUAGGGAUGAUCGGCUACUAUCGCAACUUCGUGGAGAACUACAGCAUAGUUGCCGCCCCUUUGACUGAUCUGACCCGCCUUGAUACCCCAUGGGAGUGGACUGAGAGAUGCGAGGCUGCUUUCAAACACCUGAAGCAUGCGUUGACGCAUUACGAAGUCUUGAAACUUCCUGAUCCUGAUAAGCCAUUCAUAGUCUGUCAAAGAGAUAAGCCGCGUACCCAGGCUCCUCUUGAGCUCCUGAAGCCCCUUCCGAUUCCGCAAAGGCCCGGUGAAAGUUUAUCCAUCGACUUCAUGGAUACGCUGGUCACCAGCAAGAGUGGCAUGCGAUACAUCUAUGUCAUUGUGGAUAGGUUUAGUAAGUUUGCGAGAUUAGUUGCAAUGCCGGAGACAGUGAAGACUGAGCAUGUAAUUAAGAUGUUCAAAGAGAACUGGGUUAGAGACUUUGGGCUACCUAAGUCUAUAGUGAGUGACAGGGAUGUUCGAUUCACAAGCGAGUUGUGGAAAGCCGCAGCUGCAGAGCAAGGCACGCAACUGCAAAUGACAUCAGGCAAUCAUCCGGGGGCAAGGGGACAGGCUGAACAGAUGAACCGCGCUGUCCAAGAGGAACAGCAACGUGAGGCAGCAGCCGAAGCGGCACGCCUCAAUGCCAUUGCACGCGCAGAAGAGCAACGACGCCGGCAGCAAGCUGACACAGCUGCCAACCACAACCAAGCUCGAAGAGAUGACGCAUCUGUCCUCAUGCAGCAAGAAGCCGCUCAUACCGCAGCACUCCAAGCAUGGCAUGUUGAUCCAGCGGAAACGACGAAACCUACUACGGAGGACCAGACUAAGUCAGCUCUCGCCAGCAUGAUGCACCAAGUCAUCCUCACUUGUAACUGGCAACAAGUGGAGCUGGCCCGGCAGGCACGUACCAUUACUGAGUACGAGGAUACUCUUAAGAGCCUCCACGCCUGCCUGGACAUGCUGCAGAAGGAUGACGUGCCGCACAGGCACACGGCAUCGUCAAGCAUUGAUCCAUCGAUCCGCGAGCUGGAAGGACGGCUGGAUCACCUAGUCGCGAUUGUCGACGAUUUGAACAAUUUUCGACACCCGACGACCAUCAGCCAGCAAAUAGCCGCCCUACAAGCGGAUCUGCGUCAACUGCAGCAGCAACCAACCGGGACCUGCAACAACUUGACGCCUAAACAGUACAAGAUGCGGAAGUUCAGCAUCGACAAGUUUGAUGACUACCACAAGGCGGACCCCAUCAGUUGGUGGCAAGGGUUCACUAAUGAGCUCUCCAUCCACUCGGUCCCGUCAGAGUCGAAGAUCUCAGCACUUUACCUCUGCAGCACCGAUGCCAGCCAAGUGUGGCUCAACCACCUGGCUCAAACCGAGGGCGUCGAAGUCUCUAAGCUUUACACCAAGAUCACUUGGGAGGCCAUGACUGAGAAGUGGCGGAAACGCUUCAUCGUCGACGAUGCUCAGGGCAAAGGCGUGAACCGGAUCUUCAGCAUGCAUCAAGGCAGCCAGCCAACACGCGAAUGGCUAACCGAGUGGCAGAAAAUCGUGACGAUUCCGAACUUGGAUAUCCCAUUCGUACAUCUUCGUCGCGAAUUCUUCCAGCGGUCAGUGGACGUGUUGAGCACGACCCUUGGGGAGCGCAGCCUGUACACGGACUUCGACCAGAUCGUGGAGAAGGCGAACGAAGUCAUCCAAACCAAUCGGUGGGCAGCCAACGAGCGCCGAAACCAACCGAAUUUUGUGGAAAAGGGCAAAGGCCCGCGGCCGUAGCAAGUCGUUGUUGUCCAAGGAAAUGGACAAGAGAACGACCAGGCGAUGACUCACGAGUCUAGUGAAGGAGACGGAGUCAACGCCCUUCCGCCACGACGCAACAACAACAACAAGAAAAAGAAGGCGAAAUUUGUGUCAACAAAAGAAGCCGGACAGC